GCAUAACGUCGAAUAAGAGUGAGAAUUUCCCCGCUCCGUCGUAAGAUAUUAAUAGAGGCCCUUAAGAACGACAGUAUACUCAAUCAAUUACCCGUCCCUCUUCAUACCACGUCCAGACAACUAGCAACGCGGCAAGUUACCAGCGAGAGGAAGUCGAAUAGGCUAUUUCGCAUGUGACAAUGCCACCACCACGAGUAGAUGCUGCUGAUUUAUCCUAUCAGUACCCAACCGAGACAAAGGAACCACUGAAAUACGCGGAACUAGAGGCACUUGACAUCUCCAGACUUUCCGAGCCGGGGGGCAAGCAGGCGUUGGCGCAGCAGGUGUUGAGCUUCAUCAACAAGAACGGUUUCUUCUACGUCGUCGGCCACGGGUUCGCAGAGGAGGAGGUGAGGCGACAGUAUGCGUUGUGCAAGGCCUUCUUCGAGCUCCCACUGGAGGAGAAGCUCGAGUACAUAUGCGAUACGGCUAGAGGGGAUUUCCGGGGAUACAAGCCGCAGACGACGGGCCGGCUCGCGGCCCGCGACAAUGACGAGCGGUAUAAUAUCCCCAAGUUCACACCAGAGCAUGAGCGACCGCACCCACGGCUUAUCAGAGACCACUGGGACGAAAUCAAGACCUUCUCGCUCAAAGUACACAAUAACGUGUUACUUCCGCUGCUACGCUUGUUCGCACACGUGCUCGAGAUCGACGAGGACUUCCUCGUCCAGCGGCACCGCUACGAGGCCGAGGGGCUCGAGUACCUACGAUACAUGAAGUACCACCCGCGCUCGGCCGAAGACGAUGCCCGUGCCGGCAAUAUCUGGGCAAAGGGACACACGGAUUACAACACGCUGACGUUCCUCUUCCACCAGCCCAUCGCCGGGCUGCAGGUGCAGGUGCCGGGGGGCGGUUGGCAAUACGUCAGGUCGCCAAGGGACGCCAUCAUCGUCAACAUUGCGGACGCGCUCGAAUUCCUGAGCGGCGGCUACCUCAAGAGCACCGUCCAUCGUGUCGUGCGACCCCCCGAGGACCAGGCACACCAGCCGAGGCUUAGUCUCAUCUACUUUGCUCGGCCAGAGGCGAACAUCCUACUCAAGCCCGUCUCGAGCCCGCUGCUGCAGCGGCUCGGUUUACAGGCGGAGGCGGAGUCAUUCUCGCACGAUGUCACAGCAGAAGAGUGGGCGAGGGCCCGGAUUGCCAAAGACCAUAGAUUCCGUACCGGGUUGGUUGACCAGCAGGAGAAGGAGAUCAUCGCUGGCGUGGAUCAGAAAUACUACGACUAGGUAAGAGCGUGGUGCUCAUUCCGCCGCCGAUGCACCGAGUAGGGAGGAGCUGCAAACAUCGCCAUGUCCUAGGCCGGAGAUGAAACUCCCGAGACGAGGUCGACGCAGGCUGGACUCUUCAUGAUGCAGGGCGACACAAAAAGACAGAAUGGCAGGGGGGUUACAAAGGUAGGUAGGUAGGUAGGUGAGAAUACCUAUGUGGAGGGUACCUAAUCCUAAUUGAACCUUCGCUUGGUCUUUGU